CCCGAUCUCUCUCUCUCUUCAUGUCAGCAGCAGCAUAGGCGGAGGCGUCAGAAUGCGGGCAGCCAAAGCUUGCAGCCCUACGGGUUCAUCCACCGACACAAUCCGUUCUCACUCCCCAUAAACUCCCUGCUCGUCAUAGAAGUGAGCUUUCAGAAUCUGGUCUGUCAUUUUUAUCAUUUGAACUUUGAAAACUGUGUUCAUGUGAGAACAUUCUAUACGGAAUAAGGUGCGCAAGCGGAAAGCAAGACGUAGACGAACUGUUUUUACUGGUGGGUGGAAAGACGGGAAUCCGGCCUCCGAGGAAGCGCCUAUCGAGGUCUGGAAGUCAGGUCGAAACAACGUACAUCGUUUCUGGCCCUGCCAGCCCAGCCCAGCCAACCCUGAGGAGUGUGUGAUGGAGAAGAUGAAGAGGUUUAAGCGGCGUCUGUCCCUGACUCUGCGCUCCAGCCACACCAUAGACGAGUCUCUGUCUGAACUGGCCGAACAGAUGACCAUCGAGGACGGCGGCAACAAGGACAACGAGCCGAUCGUGCGUAAUGGGCGACCACCCUCCUCCCACAGCAUGCACUCGUUCCUGCACCAGUACACUGGCUCCUUCAAGAAGCCCCCCCUCCGCAGGCCACACAGUGUCAUCGGAGGAAGCCUGGGAUCCUUCAUGACCUUCCCCAGCAAUGGCAGCCGCCUCGACAUCGUCCAUGAGAACCUGAAGAUGGGCUCAGACGGGGAGAGUGACCAGGCGUCUGGGACGUCGUCAGACGAGGUGCAGUCGCCCAGCGGGGUGUGUCUGAGGAAUAGAGUGCAACGACGCAUCUCCAUGGAGGACCUGAACAAGCGUCUGUCUCUGCCUGCUGACAUCCGUAUCCCUGACGGUUACCUGGAGAAGCUGCAGCUGAGCAGCCCUACCUUCGACCAGCCCCUGAGCCGACUCUCCCGCAGGGCCUCACUGUCGGAGAUUGGUUUUGGGAAGCUGGAGACCUACAUCAAACUGGACAAACUGGGAGAGGGGACCUAUGCUACAGUGUUUAAGGGGCGCAGUAAGCUGACUGACAACCUGGUGGCGCUAAAGGAGAUCAGGCUGGAGCACGAGGAGGGAGCACCCUGCACCGCCAUCAGAGAAGUGUCAUUACUGAAGGACCUGAAACAUGCCAACAUCGUGACCUUACACGACAUCGUCCACACAGACAAGAGCCUGACGCUGGUCUUCGAGUACCUGGAUAAGGACCUGAAGCAGUACAUGGACGACUGUGGGAACAUCAUGAGCAUGCACAACGUCAAGAUCUUCUUGUUCCAGAUCUUGCGGGGGCUGGCGUACUGCCACAAGCGGAAGGUUCUCCACAGAGACUUAAAGCCCCAGAACCUGCUCAUCAACGAGAGAGGGGAACUCAAACUGGCCGACUUUGGUCUGGCGCGGGCUAAGUCUGUCCCCACUAAGACGUACUCCAACGAGGUGGUGACUCUGUGGUACCGGCCACCUGACGUCCUGCUAGGCUCCUCCGAGUACUCCACACAGAUUGACAUGUGGGGUGUGGGGUGUAUAUUUUAUGAGAUGGCUGCAGGUCGGCCCCUGUUUCCUGGCUCCACCGUAGAGGACGAGCUCCACCUCAUAUUCAGACUGCUGGGCACGCCAUCAGAGGACAACUGGCCAGGGAUCUCUGGCGUCGACGAGUUCAAAUCCUACAACUUCCCCAAAUACAAACCUCAGCCCUUCAUCAACCACGUACCCAGGUUGGACACAGAAGGCAUUGAACUGCUGUUAUCAUUUCUGAAAUAUGAGUCCAAGAAGAGGAUCUCAGCAGAUGAAGCUAUGAAGCAGGCCUACUUCAAGAGCCUGGGGACACAGGUCCACACACUGCAUGAGAGUAUAUCAAUAUUCACUCUGAAGGAUAUCCAACUGCAGAGAGACCCUGGCUAUCGGAACUCCUCACACCUAGAGUCAGGCAACAGCAAGAACAGAAGACAGAGCAUGCUCUUCUAGACUCUCUGCUCCUGGGACCUCCAGGGUGGAGCUCGUUCCUGUUGCUAUAGUAACUGGCUCUCGCUUGAGAUGAGACUGAACGGGACAGAGCCCCCUCCCCCUUCUCGCAUGAGCCCCUCACCCCUGGACAGACCUCCCCCCUCACCCCCUAGAGAGCGAGUGAGUCUGGAGUUGAUUGGGGAGGGAGAGAUGAACUACGUUUAUUUAUUUGAAGAUAUGGAAGGGGGAUUAGGGGGGUAUAUUUUGCUGCUAAACUACUACUGUCUGUAUUUAACACGCAGUUUGUGUAUAUGAUGAUGUGAACUCAGACACCAUGCACAGCCGACCAGUCGCGAAGGUUACUAUUGUUAUUGUUAUGAAAUAUGAAUUAUGGUUAUUAUGAUUCCACUGAUGAUCUCGAUGUUGUUUAUCAUAGCUGUUAACUUUGCUGUUGUGCUUGUCGUUGUGUUCAGAGAGUGAAUGCCUUUUUUAGCAUUUUUUCCCAAGUACUUUCUUAAGCUUCCUCUGAUGGUGGUGUUUGACUGAAGUGAGACCAGACCAGUCCAGACUGGGAAAGAGGUACUGGGAGAGACUAGGAGUGUCUGGUCUUCAACUGGAAAUCUUCCUCUGAACUGAAGCAAUUCCCGGCCUCCCUCUCAUCCUCCUUGACCUAGAACAUUCCAGAACAUUUCAGGGGCCAGACUGGGGUUAGGAAGGGGUCAAAAUGGGGUUGAGAUGGGGUCGCGAGGGUCAUUAAGCACAGAGUCCAGUCAUUGGGAGAGCACAACGACCCUCAGAGCCUCUUGGCCAACUAAUGGGACCACAGCAGAAGGUGGAGUUUGGAGGAAUUCUGACUCCCCAUGACAUUUCCCGUCCCCCUCUCCGGUUGUCAUGACAACAGGAAAGCGAGGGAAGAGAGAAACACCGGCGCGCCGCAGGAAGUAAUGUGACCUCCCACAGGAACCCAUCGGUCUAUCCCUCUCUCUCCCUCUCUCCUCUUUCUUUCUUCCCCCCUCCCCCAGGAUGGUCUUGACUUAAGUUCUUGUAUGCAAGUUCCUCUUGCCUUUUGGAGGUCUGCAAUACCGGUUGUUUUUCUGCAUCAUCAAUAACUGUAAGCAGUUUCUAGUUUUUUGAAUGGCUCUCUACUCUGUAGCUGGCCAUGGGAGUGGGGUAUACCAUGAUUUCAGGGCACUACUAGGAUGACGGGUGUUUAAAAUGGCUGACUUGAUUUGACAGUAUUAAGAGAUUUUGUUUGCUAUGUUUGACCUUUUGACCUUUGGUCUUUGACCUCUCCUUGUGAAUACAGUGUCAGUGUGGCAUGUCAAGGGGCAGCAGCUUCGCCUCUCAAAGGAGAAAAAAAUAUUUGUUGUUUCACAGUCUGCAUUGGACCACUAGUCUCUUUUCUUCCAGCGUUUGUACACAUUUCAAAUUGAAAUUUUAAAUAGACUUAACAAGCCGCUGUGUGUGUUGUUUUCAACUGGCAGUGAUGUAUAUUAAUAUUGUAAUACUGUACUUUUUCAAGUUUAAGAAUGACCUGAGCUUACCUGUGUGUGUGUGUGUGUGUGUGUGUGUGUGUGUGUGUGUGUGUGUGUGUGUGUGUGUGUGUGUGUGUGUGUGUGUGUGCGCGCGUGUGUGUGUGCCUGACAUAUGGAACGCCUGCUGUGGUGUAAACUCAAUCUCUGGAACACUGACAGUUGGUGGCCCUGUAACUCUUUUUACUGGAACUAUUUAUUUCUCAUAACCAUCACAGUAAAAUGAGUCUGUUUGAUAAAUA